AUGAGCAUUGGAAGUACCUCUCAUGUUAAUGUUGUUAGCUUAUUUGGGUUUUCUUUAGAGGGAUCAAAACAAGCUCUAAUAUAUGAGUACAUGCCCAACAGUUCCUUGGAUAAAUACAUUUACUCAGAGAACGCCAAGGAAAUUUUAGGAUGGGAGAGGCUCUAUGGGAUAGCAAUCGGGAUUGCUCGAGGCCUUGAUUACUUGCAUCAUAGCUGCAACACACGCAUCGUCCAUUUCGAUAUCAAGCCUCAGAAUAUCCUUCUAGAUAAAGAUUUUAGCCCAAAGAUUGCUGAUUUUGGUCUAGCUAAAUUGUGUCAUACAAAGGAGAGCAAGCUUUCAAUGACGGGAGCUAGAGGAACAAUUGGAUUCAUUGCCCCAGAAGUUUACUCUCGAACCUUUGGGGUGGUUUCAACUAAGUCAGAUGUUUAUAGUUAUGGGAUGAUGCUGCUAGAGAUGGUUGGAGGUAGGAGAAAUGUAAAAUCAACUGUUACAAAUUCUAGUGAAAAAUAUUUUCCAGAUUGGAUUUACGGCCACUUUGAUCAAGAAGUUGGAUUACAAGCAUGUAAAGUCACGACCGGAAUUGAGGAAAUCGCGAAAAAGAUGAUCUUAAUCAGCUUGUGGUGCAUACAAGUAUUACCUGUGCAUCGCCCUACUAUAACAAAUGUUCUAGAAAUGUUUGAGAGAAGCUUAGAUGAUCUGGACAUGCCGCCAAAGCAGAAUUUCUAUGAAUUACUGUAA